AUGGGAGCCGCAGUCCCGGGCCGGUGUGCGGGACCGCUGCCUGCCCGCCCGGGGAGCCCAGAGCACGCACGCAGCGCCCCGGCCCCGCGCCCGUCCCGCAUGGAGCUGAGAGCAGGUGACUCUUGGGGGAUCUUCACCUUCCUGUGCGCCGCGCUUUGCAACCUGCCGGCGCUGCCGGCGCUGAACUGCUCCGAGGAGCUGGGCGCCGGCCAGUCCAUCCAGCAGACGUACGACCUGACCCGCUACCUGGAGCACCAGCUCCGCACCCUCGCCGGCACCUACCUGAACUACCUGGGCCCCCCCUUCAAUGAGCCUGACUUCAACCCGCCGCGGCUGGUGCGCGCCGAGCCACGCGUGCCCAGCGCCACCGUGGACCUGGACCUGUGGCGGGGCCUGACGGACAACGCGCGCCUGGCCGCCAACUACCGGGCCUACAGCCGCCUGCUCUGCUACCUGCGGGUGCUGGACGGGCAGGUGGGCACGGCCGAGCUGCGCCACCGCCUCGCCCAUUUCUGCGCCAGCCUGCAGGGGCUGGUGCUCAGCAUCGGCGGCGUCAUGUCCUCACUGGGGUACCCGCUGCCCGCCGGGCCCGCCGCGCCCCCCGCCGGGCCCCCCGGCGCGCCCGCUGCCCCCAAUGACUUCCUGAAGAAGAUGGAUGAUUUCUGGCUGCUGAAGGAGCUGCAGACCUGGCUCUGGCGCUCGGCCAAGGACUUCAACCGCCUCAAGAAGAAGGUGCCGCCCGCUGUGGUCACCCUGCGGCUGGAGGCGAGGGGGUUCUGA